GGGUUCACAGCGGCAUGAUCUACGAAGAGACGAAGAAGUUCGAGUCGCUUUACGACGCCUUCGAUGCCAAGCCCAGGCGGCCAACGAGAUCGCGAGAUCGCGCCAAAGAGCGGCUGACACGUCGCAACCAGCACGGAGAGCUUGUUGUCGGUGGAUGA